UCUCCUCGUGAUGACAGCAAAUGACAGUACUGUUCGCUCCUGCAGAAGCCAGUGUGCGACGGCUAACCGCCAACAAACAAUUCCUUUGACUCGAGAAAUCUUUGGAUUGGCCGUGUUUAGGGAAACUGUGAACAACCAGUACACCCUAUUUACGUUUGUCAUUUACCUCUCUGCCUGCGUGACCUGGUGAAGAUGGUGAAGCCAGACAUCCACACUCUGGCCCACCACCUGAAGCAGGAGCGGCUGUACGUGGCAUCGGAGAAGCAGCUGAUCCAGAGGCUCAACAGUGAUGUGCUGAAGACAGCUGAGAGGCUCUACCGGGCCGCAUGGAUCGCCAAGCAGCAAAGGAUCAACCUCGAUCGUCUCAUUCUCACCAGUGCGGAGGCCUCUCCAGCUGAAUGCUGCCAACAUGCCAAAAUGCUGGAAGACACACAGUUUGUUGAUGGCUACAAGACUCUGGGCUUCCAGGAGACAAUCUAUGGCGAGUUUUUGGCCCGGUUGAGGGAGAACCCUAGACUGGUGGCUUCGUGCCUGGUGGCUGGAGAGAGGCUGAACCAGGAGCACACCCAGGGGGUCAUUCAUACAGUCUUCACCUCACUUUAUGGCAACUGUAUCAUGCAGGAGGAUGAGAGCUAUUUGCUACAGGUGUUGCGGUACCUGAUAGAGUUUGAGCUGAAGGAGAGUGACAACCCUCGCCGUCUGCUGCGACGGGGAACCUGUGCCUUCAGCAUCCUUUUCAAGCUUUUCUCCGAGGGCCUGUACUCAGCCAAACUCUUCCUCACUGCCACCCUCCAUGAACCCAUUAUGCAGCUGCUGGUGGAAGAUGAAGACCACUUGGAGACGGACCCAGCCAAGGUUACAGAGCGCCUCACUCCGGCCCAGCAGGAACGCUUUGGAGAGAAAGGCUCUGAGGGCUACAAACAAAGGGUGCAGGCUGCUGUGGAGGCCAAUGAAGCAAAGCUGGUAGCUUUGGUUAACAAAUUUAUUGGUUACUUGAAGCAGAACACCUACUGCUUUCCCCACAGCCUGCGCUGGAUUGUGUCCCAGAUGUACAAGACGUUGUCAUGUGUGGAGCGUCUCGAGGUAGGUGAGGUGCGCACCAUGUGUACAGACCUGCUGCUGACCUGCUUCAUCUGUCCAGCUAUAGUCAACCCGGAGCAGUAUGGUAUCAUCUCCGACGCCCCUAUCAAUGAAGUUGCCCGCUUCAAUUUAAUGCAGGUGGGGCAGCUUUUGCAGCAGUUGGCCAUGGCUGAUGAUGAUGCAGACCCAAGGCGGAAAAGCAGUUUGUCUAAAUUUGAUAAGAGUUGUGUUGCUGCCUUUCUGGAUGUGGUGAUUGGAGGAAGAGCAGUCGAGACCCCACCCAUGUCCUCGAUGAACCUUCUAGAAGGCCUCAGCAGGACUGCAGUCUAUAUUACGCAUAAUCAGCUGCUGGCACUAGUCGACUUUGUGCGGAGUGUGACUGCAGGCGACCAUCUCCGGGAGGAGGAACACAUGGCUCUGGAGAACCUGCUGGCCAAUGUGCCCCAGUCUCGAACUGUGAAGAGCAACAGUCUGGAGCUCACUCCCUCCAACACCCCCCAGCUCUCCCCGGCUACCACCCCUGCCAACAAGAAGAACAGGCUCCCCAUAGCAGCUGCUCGUAGCCGCAGCCGUACCAACAUAGCCCAGGAGGGGGAGGCAGAGGCCAGCUCCCAAGAGUCCUUACAGGAGCUGAUGCCAGAGGAUGUGCUGGUGAUUUCACUAGGAACUGGUCAUCAGACUGUCCCCGGGAUGAUGUCAGAGAAUGAGGUUUUGAAUCUGCAGAUGGCUGAUGGGGCCCAGGGGGAUGGCCAUGCUGAUGAUACCAAGCUGCAUGGUAAACCAGACAAAACCCUGCGCUUUUCCCUCUGCAGUGACAACUUGGAGGGCAUCUCAGAGGGUCCAUCCAAUCGUUCUAACUCUGUGUCAUCUCUGGACCUGGAGGGAGAGUCUGUCUCUGAGCUGGGAGCUGGACCAUCAGGUAGCAAUGGGGUGGAGGCGCUACAGCUUCUGGAGCAUGAACAGGCCACCACUCAGGACAACCUGGAUGACAAACUCCGCAAGUUUGAGAUCAGAGACAUGAUGGGUCUGACAGAUGACCGGGACAUCUCUGAGACAGUCAGCGAAACCUGGAGCACCGAUGUGCUUGGCAGUGAUUUUGACCCCAACAUGGAUGAAGAUCGGAUGCAGGAAAUAGCAGGGGCAGCUGCGGAGAACAUGCUCGGCAGCCUGCUGUGUCUUCCUGGCUCAGGUUCAGUGCUGCUGGACCCUUAUGGCUCCACCAUCUCAGAGACCACGAGUGAGGCCUGGAGUGUGGAGGUCCUGCCCAGUGACUCAGAGGCCCCAGACCUGAAACAGGAGGAGCGUCUGCAGGAGUUGGAGAGCUGCUCAGGGGUGGGUAGCACCUCAGAUGACACAGAGGUCAGAGAGGUCAGCUCGAGACCCAGCACACCAGGCCUCAGUGUUGUCUCAGGUAUCAGUGCAACCUCAGAAGACAUCCCCAACAAGAUAGAGGACCUGCGUUCAGAGUGCAGCUCAGACUUUGGAGGGAAGGACUCUGUGACCAGUCCAGAUGGGGAGGAGUCAGGCCACGGAGCACACCAUCUGACAUCUCCACCCUCACAGGCCGAUUCCUUACUGGCCAUGUUCGAUCCCCUCUCCUCUGGUGAAGGCUCCUCCACUGGAACAAUAGUGAGGCCCAAAGUGCACUAUGCCAGGCCCCCUCACCCUCCACCUGACCCUCCCAUCCCUGAAGCUAGUGCCCUGGGGCAGGAAACACGCCACUCUCUCUUCACGCCCCACUGCCUGGCCCAGGCCGAGCUGGAGCACACCAAGCAGCGCCACUCCUUCCCUGACAGGCUUGUCCGCAGCCGCAGCUCUGACAUUGUGUGCCCAGGCCGCCGGCCCACAAGCGACCCCGGCCUUAACCGGCGGGUAGCAGUUGAAGAACGUGACCCUGCCGGGGCCUUCGCCUUAGGACCCUCCUCGUCCCCCAGCAAGGACUCCCUGAAAGGAGAGGCUGAGGACAGGAAAGACAGUGACGACGAGAAGUCUGAUCGCAACAGACCAUGGUGGAAGAAACGUUUUGUGUCUGCCAUUCCCAAAGCUCCAAUAGCAGCAUUUAGGAAAAGGGACAAACAGGAGAAAGAUGACAUUGCCCAGGAGCGUAUCCCACAAGAUGAACCAUUGCCCAGACAGAGCACUCAAGUGCAGGCAGCUGAAGACAUCCUGGACAAGUACAGGAACAUCAAGAGGCCCAGCCCGAGUGACGGAGCCACAGCUGGAGCUUCCUAUGAUGGUACCGGAGAUCUUUGUGUUGAAGACAGCGUGCAUGACUCUCCAAGAGAGGAUACUCUGCAGAACAUUUCCACAGAUGACCUCCCAGACUCAGCCAGCCAGACGGCACAGCAGCAUGACUCCAAGUUCUCUUUCAGUGAUGCAAAGAAGAAGCUGAGGUUGGCGUUGUGUUCUGCAGACUCAGUGGCUCUCCCCAUCAUGGCUCCUGCAACCACACGUAAUGGGCUGCCUGACCACAUGGAUCCUGAAGACAAUGAGAUCGUCUGCUUCCUGAAGGUCCAGCUCGCAGAGGCCAUCAACCUUCAGGAUAAGAACCAGAUGGCCCAGAUCCAGGAGACUACGCGCUGUGUCAGCCGCUUCGAUGCACGCACCUGCAGGAAGCUUCUGGCUGCCAUUGCAGAAGAUUACAGAAAGCGGGCACCAUACAUAGCUUAUCUAACCAGGUGUCGUCAGGGCCUGCAGACCUCUCAGGCCCAUCUGGAGAGGCUCCUCCAGAGGGUGCUGAGAGACAAGGAGGUGGCAAACCGCUACUUCACCACUGUCUGUGUACGGCUCCUUCUUGAACACAUGGAAUCCAAGAUGCUUGACUUUAUCAAGGCGUUCCAGGGGUGCACAGCGGCGGAUGACAAGACAGCAGCAGUCGAGGAUUUUCUGCGCUACUUGUAUGGUGCCAUGGCCCGUGAUGCCAUUUGGCAGUAUGCAAGUGAGGACCAGCUGCAGGAUGCCCAGAUGGCUAUUGAGCGCAGCGUUAUGAACCGCAUCUUCAAACUGGCCUUCUACCCCAACCAGGAUGGAGAUAUUCUCAGAGACCAGCUUUUCCAUGAACACAUCCAGCGGCUCUCAAAAGUUGUAACAGCCACUCAUAAAGCUCUUCAAAUCCCAGAGGUUUACUUGAAGGAGGCUCCCUGGCCUUCUGCACAGUCUGAGAUCAGGACCAUCAAUGCAUACAAGACGCCACGAGACAAAGUCCAGUGUAUACUGCGCAUGUGUUCCACCAUCAUGAACCUCCUCAGUCUGGCCAAUGAAGACUCCGUCCCUGGAGCGGAUGACUUUGUCCCUGUACUUGUCUUUGUCCUCAUAAGGGCAAACCCGCCCUGCCUGCUGUCCACCGUUCAGUACAUCAAUAAUUUCUACGCCAGCCGCCUGAGUGGGGAGGAGUGCUAUUGGUGGAUGCAGUUCACCGCGGCGGUGGAAUUCAUUAAGACCAUCGACGAUCGCAAGUGAAGCAGAACAGCCACCUGUAUGGGCAGACUGCGGGGGAAGGAGCCGGGAGACUGGGAGACUUCCCAACCAACUGCUCCCUCUGCACAGCUUAUAAAACCUGGCCGUUAGCCUGCUCUUUAUUGUAUAGCUUGUACAUAGCCAGAGACGUUGAAAGAUUACAAAAUAUAUAUUACUGUAUGUACGUGGACAAAUCCAGGUUUUAGCCGUGUUGAAAAAACGGCCUUGGGGAAAAAUUGGCAAGAUGUUAACUUUGAACCUGAUUUGGAUUUUUCCUUUUAUCUUUGUCUCUUCAGUCAUGUUUCACUUUUGGGGUCUGUAUUAGGAAUUUUAUAUACACGCAGUUACCAAUAUGACAUUAAAUCAACGUAAAAGAUAAUCCUAUAUAAAGGGACCAGACUUGCUUGAUGUGAUUACUGAUCUUCCCCCCCCCCCAAGUGAGAGGGAAGGGCUUCCAAUUAAAUUACAAUAUGAUGUUCAUUAAAUGCAUAGUAACGUGGGGAUUUACAGUGCGUGAUAGUUACUGAGGGAUUUAGUGACUCAUAAACACUGAAAUCAAUUCACAAUAACCAUACUACUCAUAAGGUUAGUGUAUCAAACAGUAGGGCAGCUUAUUCCAUAAAUUGUUUACUUCAUCUUAUUCUCAAAAACACUUGUCAGUGACAAUUUGGACAUAAGGGCCCGCAUAUUUAUAUGAAAUAAAAUGUAUUUAUUUCUGUAAUUCUAUUUAAUGCAUUGUUUAUCUAAUUUUAAAAAAAAUGAAAAUGCAUAUCAUGCCCAUUCAAGAUGUCUGAGGCAAGUGGCGACGUUAUACUAAACUUGCUAGAAAAGCUUGAGUUAGGAAGGCACCUUAGCAAUGAGUAGCCCUCUGGUGGGGAUGCUGGGCAGUCACGAUACAGGGUCAGUUCAUGCACAGAGGGGUUGGCGGCAUUUAUGGACAUAUUAAAAAUAGUGCCUUUGAUGUGGGGCGCUGUGUACAGGUAGUUAUAUUUGAGUUUUUUUUCUUUUUUUUCUUUCUUUUUUUAACCCGGCAUAAGCAUAAUCCCCCCCCCCCCCACUCCUCACUCACACACAGACGCUCUCCAAUGGGCCACCCACAUCUCACUGAGAAACCUUUCUCCAGCCCUCACUGCAGGAACUUGAGCAUCCCCACAUCACUGACUAUCAUGGCUCAACCCCUUUAAUACACUUGGGUUUGAACAGCUAUCCCCCUUUGGUAUUCUCGAUCCUACCUCAGAGUUGAAACCAAUGAGCCUGAUAUUAGUGUGGAUUCGGUUAACUGUCCUGCAUUGGUUGACAACAGAGUACUGGAUCAUUUUUGCACUGGUUUAAAAAAAAAAAAAAAAAAAAAAAAAAAAAUGGUGAGGGGAAGAGAGGAAAAGUUGGAUAUUGACCUGCUGUGAUGCUUGUUGUGGUCACAUCACCCUUAAUUAACACAAGCCUUUGUUAGCGAACAAAGACUCUUUAGUUUCAAACCUUAUACCUGUGAUGCCGCAUGUGUCCACAUGGGCAGACUAGCGAACUAUUGGAUAUUAGCUCUACCUCCUCAUAAGUUCAAGAAAGGGACUCGUGUUUAUGUGCACUUAUAUUUCUUUCUUCUUUCUUUCCCAAUUAGGCGUGCUGUGAUAUCCCAGUGUCAUUGUAUCUUUCUAAUUAUAGUACAAGCAUGUCUUUAAUUAUCCAGAAAUGACUAAAACUCCUUUAUUCUUGAAAUCCUCUGCUUCAUUUUUCUGCACAGACGUGCCACAUGUAUUAUAGUUUUCGAUAAUCCAUUUCUUUUCAUGGUAAAUGACCUGACAGCACAAUUCAUAGUAGGAUAGAAGAGCAAAUAAUCAACACUAUUGACUUGUUACUGACUUGCAGUUUAUGCUAAAGUGGUUGGUAUAGUACAUGAGUGUGGUUUUUGUCCAGUGAGUGUGUUUGAGACGAUUGCGUGAUUGGUUGACCCUCUGCCUCCUCUUGCAUGAAGUCAUUGAAUGGUCUGUACAUUCUCAGUCAUGAUGAACAGAAGAAUAGGAUUAGUAUCUGCCACAGGCCAGUAAUUGAACCUGCAAGAGGAUGCAAAGCUUCUCUUUGUGUCCAUGAUACUUGCAUAUCAGAACUCGAUUUAUUUUGCACAAAACAGAUGUCUUUUCCUGGAAAAUUUGACAGGGAGCAGUGCAUUUUGAAAUGUCAUUACUUUUGGCCUUUACAGUCGUAACAUUAAACAUAUUGUGAUUAAAAUAUUAGAGAGUAGCAAAGUUAAGCACCUGACUGUUACUCUCUCAAGCUGAUGAACAUCCACAUUUAUGAGCAACAUCACCAAUGCAUUUUUAUAUCCGUCUACAGUAGCACGUGCACCAGAUUCGUAUGUGCAGUACACUUCCCCGCAGAGUCUGUGUAAUCAAUUUGAUGAGAAAACCAUGCACUGGAAAAUCAAGUUGCAGGUUGCAUCUAUACUAAUUAAGUUUAUGUGAUGUCACUUUAAUUGGAAAUACAUACUGCACAAAUCUGAUGAAAUUAUUUGGACCUGGCUUAUGUUUCAGUGUUUCCUCAGAUAGCCGGUCACAUCAGCUACGAUAGACCCCAGUGAAGAACUGAUCAAAACAGCAAAUUAGUUGCACAAAAAUACAUACAGCACCUUUAAUUUUUAGCUCUGAUUGUACGAAAACGACUGGGCAGUGGUGUCAAGUAAACAGACUCAAGAGUUAGUCUGUUCUUCAAAGCUUUACUGCUCUGCUCCCUGUACAAUUAAGUUGAAAAGCUGAGCAGAGAAAAAACAAAGUUUUACAUCUUACAUCUAAUUUUACAUUUAAUUGUAAGCUUGCACAAUUAUGACAUGCGGGGAAAGCCGGUUUGUCUUUACUGUGAUUAAUGCGUUAUGUAAUUCUUUAAAAAUAAUAAAAGAAGCAGAAGUUU